CGGCAACCUAUACAUCGCGACUCGUCUCGACGUGCCGUUGGCGUCUCUUAUCGGUCUCCGUUACUCUCUUCAUCUCCCUCUGUCUUCUGAGCGACCACCGGGAAAACCCUAACCCUAGAGAUGGACGCGAUCAGGAAGCAGCUUGACGUCCUCAUGGGGGCCAACCGGAACGGCGACGUCAAGGAGGUGAAUCGCAAGUACUACGAUCGCGACGUCUGCCGCCUCUUCUUGGCCGGUCUUUGCCCCCACGACCUCUUCCAGCUCACGAAAAUGGACAUGGGUCCCUGUCCAAAGGUGCACUCUUUACAGCUGAGGAAAGAAUAUGAAGAAGCCAAAGCGAAGGGAGUUCAUAAUUUUGAUAGAGAACUGGAGGAUUUGAUAGAAAGGCUGAUUGUCGAAUGCGAGAGGAAAAUCCAAAGAGCCCUUAAGCGUCUGGAGGAUGAGGAUGCCAAAGCUGCUAUUGCAAUAUCUGUGUCAGAGGUUACCCAGACAGCUGAGGUCAUGGAGUUGUCAAAGCAAAUCAAGGAGAAAUUGAAAGAAGUUGAUGCUUUUGAUUUGGAAGGAAAAACUGACAGUAAAAUCCGGGCUCUGGAGGAGCUUGAAGAGCUUAGGACAAAAAGAGCUGAUAAGCAGUCUAUGCUUCUUCUUGAUGCCUUCAAUAAAGACCGAGCUUCCUUGCCACAACCACUUCAGAAUCCUCCGCAGUUAUCGAUGCCAGUAAUUGUUCCUCCAGAUCCCCGAACACAAGAAAUGAUAAAUGAAAAGCUUAAGAAGGCAGAAGAACUGGGUGAGAUGGGAAUGGUAGAUGAAGCUCAGAAGGCUUUGGAAGAGGCAGAAGCCCUUAAAAAGUUGGGUGCACGCCAGGAGCCAAUCGCAGAUUCGUCAAAGUAUACUGCUGCAGAUGUGCGAAUUACUGAUCAGAAGUUACGCGUAUGUGACAUAUGUGGUGCAUUUUUGAGUGUCUAUGACAGUGAUCGUCGUUUGGCUGAUCAUUUUGGAGGAAAGCUUCAUUUAGGCUAUAUACAAAUCCGUGAGAAGUUAUCAGAACUGCAGGAAGAGAGAAAUAAGAGGCGAAAGUUGGACCGAUCUGAAUUUGAUAGAAGGUCGAGAGAACGAAGUCAGGACCGUGACAGGGCAGCAAGUAGGGAUCAAGAUAGAGAGAGAGAUGACCGAGGUGAUAAUCGUGACAAGGGAAGGGAUUAUGAUCGUAGGAGCAGAGACUAUGAUCGCCAUUAUGAUAGAGAUCGAGGAUAUGAUCGCGAACGAGAUAGAGAAUCAGAUCGAUCUCGCAGUUAUGAUUCAAGGAGCCGGCGAAGGUCACGUUCUCAUUCAAGGGAACGCCCUAGAGAUUAUGAUCGGCACAGGCGUCAUGACCGAUAUGAUCGAUACUGACGUUUUAUUUCGGAUGGAAGAUGUGAAAGAGAUCUGAGACAUUGAGGUCUGUAUGCUUAAGUUAUGGCUGUUGUCACAGGUGUAGUUUCAUGUCUGAAGAUUCAGUUCACCUGAAUACAUAGUCCUUUUCUGUGGAUUUCCCGGGUGGGUGAUUCCAGUAUUUGGUGAAGGAUGAUGCCCGAUUAAUAGUAUGAGAACUUUGUGUAGGUUUAACUGUUUUUAAGAAUACUGUCCUAUGGAACUUAAAAUAUUGAUGCUACCUAUGGAAAAAUGCUGUUGACAGUUUGUGUUUCGGUUGCUCU